CCGCAUUCUAAAGUCGCCGUGUCAUAGCGGGGGACUCAACUGGGUCUAGCGUCGGACUAUUAAGGCAAAGCGCAAAACUGCCCGCUCGACAGCGGCUUGUAUUGCUAUCGAUAAGUCGCGCGCUUGUUGCAACAAUGGCCUUGUCUCGUCUGGCUGUAUGUAUUACUGAUUUUGUAAACAUCGUCUUCGUUAUGACACGAACUGUGAAGCUGGCCUUUUCUAGAAUCAGCCCGUCAGAAAUUCCUAUCGUGGAUAUCAGCGUUAGACUACUCUGCAAAACACAACGAUAUUAGUGGAAGACGGAGCGCUUAUACUGGGUCAUGGCUACUAUGCUCUCCCACAUUCUUUCUUACAGUGGAAAGAUGUCCCGAAUCAGAUACUAUUAUCCCCCCCAAUUCCUGAGGCGGGGAAGACGGUCAUUGUGGCUAUUAUCAUUGAGCAUCUUCAACAAUCGACUGAGGACAUGAACGCUGGGGUAGCAUACACAUACUGCACGUAUAAUGAGCGCCAUACAGUGAGCGAUCUGGUUGCUUGUUUGUUGAGGCAAUCGGGUCUCCAGCUUCGUUUUCUUCCGCAAGAGGUCAGUGACUUAUAUGAGUCUCAUUGUCUGCAGAGGACUCUUUCUCGCAAGGAAGCCUUGUUGCAGGCUCUCGUAUCCAUUAUCAAUUUAUCGCCGCACGUGUCCAUCGUCACUGAUGCCCUUGACGAGUGUCAGGACGAACAAAUCAGAAGAGAAUUCCUUGACUUCCUCAAGGUGGUUGGCCAACGGGUAAACCUUUUGGUCACUUCCCGACCCCACCCUACAGUUGAGGACUCGCUUAGGGGAGCUCUACAAGAGAAGAUUCAGGCACCAGCACAGGACAUUGAGGCUUGUGUGGGAAAAGAAACAGCCAGCACGAAGUUCGUUUUAUCGCGACAGUUGCCUCUGGUACCGCAGCUUCGCGCUAGUACCAUAGAAGAGAUCGUGAGCAAGAAUACUCCCAGGUUCUUACAUACUCGGUUCCAUAUAAACCAUCUAGCUGCCGAGCAUAAUCUUCGCAGUCUCUACAAGGCUCUGAGGGAGCUUCCAAGAACCUUAGGCGAGAUUUACAAGGAGACGAUGCGACGAUUGAAGAAGCAGAACGCAGAGGCCGUCCGGUUGGCCGAGAAAACAUUGCUCUGGAUAACUUAUGCCUCACGGCCGCUUAGGAUACAGGAAUUUCAGCAUGCGUUGGCCGUGAGGAAGGGCAAUGUCAAUAUUGAUGACAAGGCACUUACUGCACCCAAGUACAUUCUCUCCAUUUGCGUCGGCCUAGUCACUAUCGAUGAAAGGAGCAGCAUCUGUUGCUUGGUUCAUUAUACAGCAUAUGAAUUUUUC